UCUCAGCUUCCGGUUGAUGUGUAAAUGGAUACAUGACACAGUUGUUUGGGGAAGAGCUUUACAGUGGAAAACCGAUAACGUCCAUAAAACUACCGACGUGCUAUUGGUAUCUUAACGGCUGACAGCUCCUCUUAGAGACCCCAUCGGCCGCGAUGGAGGCGGUCCCGCGGAUGCCGAUGAUCUGGCUGGAUCUGAAGGAGGCAGGGGAGUUUCAGCUCAGUCCGUCCGUCAGGCAGUUCAUCUUGAAGAACUAUGGAGAGAAUCCAGAUAACUACAAUGAACAACUGAAGAAACUGGAGACACUGCGGCAGAGUGCAGUGAAUGUGACGAGGGAUUUUGAGGGAUGCAGCACUCUGAGGAAGUACUUUGGCCAGCUGCAUUACCUCCAGAGUCGUGUCCCCAUGGGAGCUGGACAAGAAGCCGCUGUGCCCAUCUCAUGGACCGAGAUUUUCUCUGGAAAAACAGUCACCCACGAUGAUAUCAGCUACGAGCAAGCCUGCAUCUUGUACAAUUUGGGGGCCCUGCACUCCAUGCUGGGAGCCAUGGAUAACAGGGUGUCUGAGGAGGGCAUGAAAGUGUCAUGCACCCACUUCCAGUGCUCAGCAGGGGCCUUCUGUUACCUGAGAGACCACUUCAGCCACAAUUUCAGCAUGGACAUGAGUCACCAGAUCCUUAACCUCAACAUCAAUCUUAUGCUGGGCCAGGCUCAGGAGUGUCUGCUGGAGAAGUCCAUGUUGGACAACAGGAAGAGUUUCCUAGUCGCUCGCAUCAGUGCACAGGUGGUCGAUUACUAUAAAGAGGCCUGCAGAGCUCUGGAGAACUCAGAGACUGCAUCCAUGCUUGGAAAGAUUCAGAAGGACUGGAAGAAACUGGUCCAGAUGAAGAUCUACUACUUUGCUGCUAUUGCACAUCUCCAUAUGGGAAAACAGGCUGAGGAGCAGCAAAAAUAUGGAGAGCGGUUGGCUUAUCUGCAGAGCUCUCUGGAUAAACUUAAUGAAGCCAUCAAACUGGCCAAGGGUCAACCUGACAGUGUGCAAGAAGCCUUGAGGUUCACCAUGGAUGUAAUUGGGGGAAAGUUCAAUUCUGCCAAGAAGGACAAUGACUUCAUCUAUCAUGAGACAGUUCCUUCUCUGGAGACUUUAGCUUCAGUCAAAGGUGCCCCACUGGUAAAGGCUCUACCUGUGAACCCCACUGACCCCACUGUCACUGGACCAGAUCUAUUUGCCAAGCUGGUGCCCAUGGCUGCCCAUGAAGCCUCUUCACUAUACAGUGAGGAGAAGGCCAAGUUGCUGAGAGAUGUUAUGGCCAAGAUCGAAAGCAAGAAUGAAACAUUAGAGCAGUUCAUGGACUCUCUGGGUCUAGAGCCAGAGUCUGUGGACAACCUGGACUUGUACAGCCACAUUCCUCCAGUGCUCAUGGAGAAGUGUGCUGCUCUCAGCGUCAGGCCGGACACCGUUAAGAGCCUCAUCCAGUCAAUGCAGGUGCUCUCAGGUGUUUUCACUGAUGUGGAGUCGUCACUGAAGGAGAUCAGAGACGUCCUAGAGGUAGAUGAAGCCGAUGAGCAGGUCCACCAAGAGGGAGCCGGUGCUGCUGCAGGUGACGUCCACCCAGCAGCACAGGCCCAAGCCCUGGCUGAGAUCCGCAGGGAUCUGGAGAAGUACAUGGAGGCCCACAAGAAGGCCAGCUUCACCAAUACAGAGCUGCACAGAGCCAUGAACCUGCACAUCAGUAAUCUACGUCUGCUGGGAGGUCCACUGGACAGUCUGAGGGAGGCCCUACCCCGGCCUCAGCUCAGCGAGGAUGAGGUAGCAGGACUGCAAUGUAUGAAGCGCAUCCUUGGGAAGGUGCAGGAGAUGAGGGAACAGAGGACAUCUUUGGAAAAACAGCUUCGUGACCUCAUCCAGCAAGAUGACAUCACGUCCACACUGGUCACCACGGAAAGAGCAGACAUGAAGCGUGUGUUUGAGGAGCAGCUGAAGAAAUAUGAACAGGUGAAGGUGUACAUCGACCAGAACCUGGCCGCUCAGGAGAACAUCCUAAAGGCCCUUACUGAGGCCAAUGUGCAGUACGCUUCAGUUCGCAAGGGCCUGAGCCAAACAGAGCAGCAGUGGAACAACACUGUUCAGGGACUCGUGGGCUCUUAUGAAGCCUACGAAGACCUGAUGAAAAAGUCCCAGGAGGGAAAAGAGUUCUACGAUGACCUGGAAGCCAAAGCAUCACGGUUGCUGGAGAGAGCCAAAGCCCUUUGUCAGACCAGGACAGAGGAAAGGAAGCCUACCUUGGAAAGAGACACCCAGAAGAAGGCCCCUGCUCGGCCGACAGCGGCAAAGCCCUCAUUACAGCCCAAAGCUACAGAUGCAGACUCUUCCUGUUCUAGCCUGGAGGAUCCCGAGCUGGCUCAGCUUAGUGCAGCCAUUUUAGCCUUGGGUGGUGACUUACCUGAAGAGCUCUGCAGCCUUCCCCCUGAUAUCCCUUCCCUUCCCACCACUGCACCUCACCUGCCUGGCCCGGAAGCCUUCCUCCCCCCUGGUGCUAACCUUGGUGGCAGCAGCUCCCUACCCUGGCCUGGAGCACCAGCUUCUAAUCUUCCUCGCUUUCCUGCCAACCUGCCUCCUCCAGAACUCCUGGCAAGGAUAGCUCAGUUUCCUACAUCUGGUGCUCUGGGGACGCAAGGACCUCUCCCACACAGACCCCUCCCUCAGAUGACUCCACAUAUGCCACCACAAAUGCCUGCACAGGCACCUGUACCAGGUUAUCAGGCUCCACCUCCUCGCCCCCCACCACCUGGCACUGCAGCUCCAGCUCCAACUCCAGUCAGGCCCUCCACCACUACUGUGGACAGCAUCCAGGCCCCAAUCCCCAGCUAUGCUCCUACACCACGCCACCCUGUACCACCUGCUGCAUCAACAAAUUACGCAGUACCUCCACAGAUGGGGGUCUACCAACAGUUCUUGCCCCAACCAGGAAUUCCCAUUCACAUCCAAAGUCAAGCAUCACAACCACAGCAGCAGCAGAAGCAGCCACAGCGAUACCCUCAACGUCCAAGCCAGCCCCUGACUCAGAGCUACCAAGCAGUCCCUGGGACUAUUCCAAGCCCACACCCAUCUCUUCAGGCCACACAGGUGUACCCACAUGGGUAUAUGCCCCCACAGCCGGGGGCACCCCCCCACUACCAGCAGCCAUUCUCUGGUCAGCUGCAGCCUCACCAACAAAAUGGCUACCCACCCCAAUCCCAGGUAGCUCAAGGCUAUCAGGCUCCACAGAGCUACCUACCCCAGCAACACCCUCAGAUGAUGCCAAGACCACCUCAUGGCCAGAUGCCCUCACAACCUGCACACCCACAACUCCCCCCGACCUCCCAACCAGCACCACCUGUAUCACAACCCUACAUGCACCUGCCACCUGGAGUCCCUCCACAGCACAUGUUGCCCCAACAGCAACAAAUGGCAGUUCCCCCAAAUGCCCAGCAGAUGGCACCCCAGCCCCAGAUGCAGAUUCCAGGUGGUCCCAGAGCCCAGCUGCCAGCCACCAGUUCAGCAGUUCCCCCUGUCUCUCAGAACUAUCUGCCUCCUGCCGGCGUUCACCCCACAAUGCGACCACAACUGCCUUCUGCCCCACAACCUCACAUGGUCCCAGGCCCUCAGGUUCACCUUCCAAGAGGCCCCAUGCCCCAGAUGCCCCCUAGUACUCUGCCGCCACCACACCACCCUCAGCCUGGACACUCAGGGACUGUGUGCUUCCCUGGAGGGGCUCCAGUGAUCCCUCAGCAACCCCUGGCACCCCAACCUGCAGCUCCCCAACAACAACAGGCUCCGCUUCGCAUGACUCAUCCACAGCCACCUACCAUAUACCCUACAGGCCCAGGAGCCAGUUUACCUUCAAGUGCUCCACAGCAGCCACCUUCUCUGGGUCCGCAUGGUUCACAUGUUCCCCCAACUCAGCACAUGGUCCAACCCUCACCAGGAGGUCCGUCAGUGCCUCCACCAUCCAACACUGUGCCUCCCUCAGCUUCCCCUUCUCCUUCCCCGUCCCCCUCUCCAGGACCCUCUUCUCUGAGUGUCAAUCCCCAACAGAGACCAGCACCCACCCCUACCAAUUCGGGGGUCACAGCUAACCCCACACUGAGGUCUCCGUCAGCGAUCUCUCCUUCCACGGCUCUGUUUCAGCGUCAGAACUCGAGCACAGAUGACUUACUCUCCUCAAGUCCAGAAAGCCAACCAGGAGGAACCAAAGCCCCUACCAAUGUCCUCCAGCCUACUAAAGCUGAUCCACAGGAUGGUGAGAGACGUAAAAAGAGCUCCCAGGGGGUUCUUCUGAUCCAGGGCGAUCCAUACCAAGCCCCUGAACGUGUUGCUCGUCUCUAUGGUGAACUGGAACAUUACCGAACCCAGGUAGAGUCUUUAGAGCAGCCAUCAGAGUGUGAGGGGGGCCUGUCGGUGCUGGAUGCUCGCUGGAAAGAGCUCCAAGAUCAACAGGAGAAAGAUGCCCGGCAGCUCUCCAUUGCCAUCGCUCGCUGCUACACCAUGAAGAACCGCCACCAGGAGGUCAUGCCUUAUGACCUCAACCGCGUGGUGCUGCAGUCGGGCAAGGAUGACUACAUCAAUGCCAGCUAUGUGGAGGAGCUGUCACCAUACUGCCCACGCCUUAUUGCCACACAGGCCCCGCUCACCGGCACUGCAGCAGACUUCUGGCUGAUGGUGUACGAACAGAAGGUGUCACUGAUAGUCAUGCUGGUGUCAGAGCAGGAGGUGGAGAAGGGAAAGGUUCUGCGCUACUUCCCCACAGAGCGUGGCCAGCAGCUCUCUCAGGGACCAAUCACACUCAGCCUAACCACUCAGAAGUCGACACCUACCCACAUGGAGCGCAUGAUCAGUUUGCAGUACCGGGACCAAAGCCUGAAACGCACUAUUGUCCAUCUCCAGUUCACCUCCUGGCCUGAGCUGGGUCUACCUGAUAGCAAGAGCAGUCUGCUUCGCUUCAUCCAGGAGGUCCAUGGACACUACCUCCACCAGAGACCCUUACACACACCUGUUGUGGUCCACUGCAGUUCGGGUGUGGGACGUACUGGCGCCUUCUGUCUGCUCUAUGCAGCCCUGCAGGAACUGGAAGCAGGAAACAGUAUCCCUGAUCUCUCACUGCUGGUGAAGAAGAUGAGACAACAGAGGAAGAACAUGCUGCAAGAGAAGCUCCACCUGAAGUUCUGCUAUGAAGCUGUGUUGAAACAUGCAGAGCACGUCCUUCAGCGUCACGGCAUCACUACCGCCACCUGCAGCAAGAACCCCAACACUGCAGCCUCCAAGGACGCCCAUGAGCUGUGGUCUGAUCAGCCUUAUUCCAGACAGGAGUCCCAGCAGGACUUAGUUCUGGGUGGGGACAUGCCCAUCAGCUCCAUCCAGGCCACCAUUGCAAAGCUCAGCAUCCGGCCACCCAGCGCCACAGACCCUGCCAUGGAGUCUGGAGCUCCCAGUACCCUGGAGGACCAGAUGGCUGCUGUCUCACCAGACCUUAACUCACUGAAUGACAUCCAGCAGCUCCAGGACCCGUGCCCCCCUCCCACAGACCCUCCCACCUCCUUCAGCCCCACCUUUUCCACCCCCACCUCCUCCCCUACAAAGACCCACUUGCCUCCACCCAACGGUGUGGAUGCUAUAUCCCCCUCCACAACUCCACCACCAGCCAACAGCCAAUCGCUAGCUCUGGAGGCGGCCCCCCUCAGUGUCAGUCCGCCUCCUGGUCCAGCUGCAUCCUCCUUGGAGCUGUUAGCCUCACUGACCCCUGAGGCCUUCUCCAUGGAGGGUGGGGGCCGGGGGAAGCAGCGGGUGACCAAGCAGAGCUUCCUGCAGCCAGCCGAGGGGCAGGGACUCCAUGGGACCCGGGCGGAAGGUGAUGAUGAUCCACUCAGCAGCUUGGACCCUCUGUGGAGUCUGAACAAACACUGAGUCCAGCGCAGACCGCUGCUUCUGAUCAGCAGGCGUCUGAAAGCCUUUUGCUCUUUCUACUCUUGCUCUUAAACUCACUGAAUUCGGGGAUGGAGACACUGAAUGGAGCCAAGUACUGAGACGUGCACGGUGGCAGACUGUUGGCAUCCAGUUUGGGAUGUUGGGUGUGAUUUCCCCUGAAACACAGUGGGUGUCCACUUGUUUCAUCACUGAGGUUCCUCUGGGACCAGAACACUAUGCACCUGUUUGACUGUCCUCUCCUGUCCUGCCAUGCUCUGCUGCUUUCGCUGUGUUCUCUGAAGGUGGAACCUGUUCAACUCCACCGGUUUAGAUACUAGAUUGGCUCUGGGCCCUGUGUUUACAGAAUGCCUACUGUUAGUUGGGGGGCGGGGUCAUGCUUCUGUUGGCCAGGUAUCCUUAGAGUCCCAGCACUGAUGAGUUAAACACUUACCUUUGUAGACAGACAUCACGUUGGUCCCUCCUGUAAUACCUCAAUGUUUCCAUCAGAAUGAAAAAGAACACUGUCCUGUAAACAUACAGUAGAAGACAGGAGCUGAGUUUUCUGGAUGAAGCAGCGCUGUUAAGGAAUGUUUCAACUGCUUUCAGUGAGUUAUGUUUACAUUCAGGUUCAGGCCAGUGUAGACCAACUGGGCCAAUUGAGACUCCUCAGUAUAAAAAAUGACCCAUUUAACUUGGUUCAGAAUUAGAAAACCCACCUAUAAACCAAUGUCUUUGUCAGUAGCUAUGGCUAACUGUGGUUGCAACUGAUAUUAAAUUAUUACCAUUACAUUGAGAACUAUUAAAUUAUUCAACAGCCAUUUCAAUCAAUACCAAUAACACUGAGGUUUUUCUUGUUUUUAAAGGGCUAAAUCAAAUUCUCAGAUUGUAUUUUCAUAUUUUCUACUUUUUUCCCCUCUCUAAAUAUAUUGCAGGUGUGACCAGACACUUGAGGACAGUGAUUAAUUCUGAAAAUAAUAAUGAAAUAUGAUGCUGUCCACCUUUCUAACAUCAACAAUUUUUUUUCUACUUGAUACUAAAACUUUAACCACAGAUACUCAAAACAAAAUUACAUCAGGACAGUUCCAGUCAUUAGCUCAUCCAUGCUGUGGCUUCUAAGUCCACCAGGCAAUAGAUAAUGCCCUGCCCACCUAGCAUCUGAUUCACCAAGUGUGAUGGAAACUGGAAAAAACUCAGGUCCCUGAGCUACUCUUGUAUUUACACCAACCACUUCUGCUCAGUAAUCCCAGCAUGCACUCCUCUCCAGGCAGCCCUGUUCAAAGGUGAUUGUCAUUACACUAAGUUGUGUUUGUUUCCUCCUCGUGAUUUUUUUUUUUUUUUUUGUUAUUACUUUUAAGACUGGAUUAUUGAAAGAAGGAACAGAGUAUGGGAGAGAAACAAAAGAUGCCUGACUCAGUGCAUUAGCAGAGCAGAAUCCAAUCAGCAUGUCCUAACGUGUCCAUGAUUCCUUUUUUUUCCCUCUUUGUAACACUGUACAUAUGUUAAAUAAAGGUAGAGUAUUCCAAAAGUCCUUCUGGUGGAACUCAAAUGAAUCACUUAUCAAUAUUGUGGAAAAAAAACCCCACCUUUAAAUAAAAUCAGUAGACAGUGGCUUGUGGUAUCAAAGCCUCUUUAUUUGAAAAUUAGUACAAACAUUGUGCUUUGUGUUACAAAACAGUAAAUAAGUUACCUCCACUACAGCCUGUGUAGAUUGGGGAAGGGCGACAAACCAGAGAGGGGUUUUCUCUAUAGGUUACAUUUGUUAUAUUUCCCUCAGAAGAGAAGUGAAUUGUGAUUCUCUGUGUUAAGGUUAAAGCGGUGUUUUAAUGCAAAUGGAGUUAUGAACCAUACACCUGAAGACCUCAUUGAAAUGUAGCCACUAUGAUGCUCAAAAAAAUCUCAUCAAUCAUGAUUACGAGUCAUUUUAUUUCUGUAGUUACUCUAAUUCAAUGACAGGGCUAAACUUGUAUUAAACAGAAACUGAUCAUUUUAGAAUAAAAUAUUAGACCUGGCUGAGUCAGUGCUG